AUGAGGCUCCAGAGAUCAUUUCUAGACGAAACAGUUACUUACGCGGACAUGUUCACUGAUCUAAGUGUACCCUCAGAAUCUUCUCUUCCACAAGUUUUAUGCAUAAACUGUGCAACCAUGACCAUCAACUCAUACCUGUUUAAAAAGCUAUGCCAUUAUUCAAAUCAACAGUGGCACUCCACAUUAUGUAGAUUAAAUGCAUCCCUGAAUUUAACAGAAAGUUUAGCACCUAAUAUCCAAACAGUAUACCUAAUGGUUAACAAUAAAGAACACAUAAUGUUCACUAGUCGUAAGCAUCACACGCACAGGAGUAAGAAAUCUGCAUUAGCGAAGAUAAAAGAAGUUAUGAGAGUUAAACAACCAUAUGAGAAAGUGAAGCGUCAGAAAUCUACGGUAAUGUGUGAAGAGUGCGGUGAAAAAUUCACUUCUAACUGUCAUUUGGUCAAGCAUAUGAAAGUGCAUAGUAACACACGGCAUCCGUGCCUCCAGUGCCCCAAAAUAUUCGCUACGCAACUCCAGCUUGACGAUCAUGCCGAAAGAGUACAUUAUCCUAAGAAACUUCAAUGUCCAAAAUGUUCAAAAAUGUUCAGCACAGAAAAGAUGUUGAAAUAUCAUGACAGACUUCACCACGUCGCAGCAAUUUGUAAAUUAUGUUUUGUACAGUUUCCUUCCAAGAAGGAUCUCCGAGCUCACUUAGACAAACAUGAUGUGAACAAGUGUCCCCGGUGCGACAAAUCUUUCCUUAACAAACAUACAUUCAAGUUCCAUUUAAAAAUUUGUGGCAAUAUUGAGGAACGACAGCCUAGUUUCUUUUGCGAUAUAUGCAAUAAGGGGUACGCUAGAAAAAAUGGACUAAGAACUCAUCUGAAAACGGACCAUGGUUUCGGAAAUGUACUGUCGUGUAACUGGUGCGAUAAAAAAUUCGACGCAAUUAGCAGGUUGAGGAAUCACCAAGUAAAACACACAAAGGAAAGAAAUUUCCACUGUGAUCAAUGUGGUGGCAAAUUUGUGACGCAAGCGGCUUUAAUAUACCAUGUGCGGCUUCAUACUGGAGAAAGGCCGUUCCCUUGCGACCUUUGUGAUGAGAGUUUCCUUUCUGCCUCGAGACGGAUGGAGCACAAACGUCGAAAACACUUUGGUCCCACAAAAGAAUGUCACGUUUGCCAUGUGAAGUUUGUGACUGGACAUCAGUUAAGAAAGCAUGUUCAACGGCACUAUAAUCCUCUCAGCAAGUUGUUUGUGCCAGAAGUAGAAGAACCCUAUUUAAAUAUUGAUUUAUCUUCAAAUAACAUGAAAGAUCAGCAGUAUCCUAGCAUAUCAAAAUUGCUGUCCAUGUGA